UUCUUGGAAAUUGGAGCAUUUGGUAUUGGAUAUUUAGACCUCUGUUUCUUCCUUCCUAUCCAUCUAUUCUACGCUAGCUAACCCUGACUUCGAUUUUCUCCAAGUUAGGGUUUCCCACUUCCGCCGCGGCUCCCGAUCCCCAAUUUUUCCAUUCGCGGAUCAAUUCUUCGGGAGCUGAGGUGAUUCCAACAAUUUAUUUGACGAUUUUAAAAAACAAAAACAAAAAAUGGGUCGAAUGGCGCGCAGCUGCGUUCAAUCUCUGCUCAAGCUGGUCAAUUCGCUCCUCGGAAUGGUUGGAAUCGCCAUGAUCAUCUACUCGCUCUGGAUGUUUAGAGUCUGGCUCCGCACCGACGAAUCCAUUAACGUUCCCGUUCCGUGGUUUAUAUACACUAUUCUGGGCCUUGGUGCUAGUUUGUGCGUGAUCACGUGCUCUGGUCACAUUGCUGCGGAGACUGCCAAUGGUUGUUGCUUGUACAUUUACAUGGCUUUUGUCUUCAUGAUUUUUGUGCUGGAAGCUGCAGUUACUGCAGAUGUAUUCUUAAAUCACGACUGGCAAGAGGACUUCCCAUCAGAUGCAACUGGAAAUCUUGAUCGGCUGAAGGACUUUGUCAAGGACAAUUUUGACAUCUGCAAAUGGGUUGGCUUAUCAGUGGUGGUUGUACAGGGAUUAAGCAUGUUGUUGGCAACGGUACUCAAAGCUUUAGGUCCACAUUCUGAGAAAUACUAUGAAAGUGAUGAUGAGUAUCUACCAGAUAGGGUGCCCCUGCUGAAGAAUUAUGUCCCUCCACAAUCCUAUGGUAGUGAACCGACAUAUGGGGUGAAAAGUGAUUCUUGGAGUGUUAGGACCAACAGUAAGGUACGUGCAUUUAUAAUUUUAAAGGUGUCAUCACACUUGCAUGACCGGAAUGUAAAUUUGUGAAUGGUACAACUCCCAUUCUUAUUGUCUCGGCUUCCUCUUUUUCAUAUAGUUUAAACCAAUGUCUAAUUUUUCAAAGUAAUAAGGUUGUUGCGUUUGGAUUGAAGAAUUUUAGUAGGAGGAUGUAGAACCAUGGACAUGCUACAUAUAUACAUGUUCCAUAAUAGAAAUUUGGAAAUGGCAUAACAAUCAUUGGACCGUUUUGAUAAACUUGUGAAUGUGAAAGAGAAGUGAUAAAUCUACUACUCAACUCAAAUUGAAAAAGAAAAGUUUUUGAUGUUGAAAAAGAUAACGUUGUUAAUUUAUCUAGUUAAUUAGAGGCAAUAGUAAUGACCUCAUUUGAUACACGGAUCAGUUCUGCACAUAUUUGUUUUAGUUGAAAUUGAAACUUCACCGUCAUAUUCAACUGCACUCCCUGCAACACCUAAAUGACGUGUUCUGUUUAAAUUCUCCUACGCGUUACGCCCCUUGAAUAGUUUUGGCUGACUUAUUCUUCUCCUAUCCAGACCCUCAGAUAAAGAAAUCAAAUGAAGUGCUCGCAGACGAACAGUGGGAGUAGGCUAUUGCGUCUCAAAACAUCAGGUUUACUAGUUUCUGGCAGUUGAUAGAGUGUUCUUGAGCUUCAUUUAGUCGACGUGAUUUCCACCAACUUGUGCAUAUACUGUAAAUCCUUCAUAUACUUUAUACUCGAAUUUAUGCCAGGUUAUAUCAUGUGCUACCUCUGUAGAUAUCGGUAGACGUAUCGACCCGAUGAUGAGCAAAACCCUAGUAUUGUUGAUUGCCAUUCUCCUGUUGUUUAGGUAUAGCCCCUCUUUAAGCAGUGUAAUUCGUCAUUUAAGAACCUAGUUGCUUAAUUGUUCACUUUGUGAAAUGCAUUAUAUAUGUAAUGCUAGUUGUUUCUUCUC